UAUGCUGGGGAAGAAAACACAGGGCUGAUCCUGAUUCACUCCAUGGUUACUGGUUGUUACGGUAACCACCAACUGUCAAGAGCAACAUAACUGACAGGAGGGCAGCACAGCGCCAGAAACAAAAGUAGAAGUUGAUCUUCUUGUUCAAUUAGCAGUUGGAGUUGACAGCACCAAACAACAAAAGAUGGAAGUGAAAGCAUGAAACUACAUGUUCACUGACCUCUGACCUUAAACCCAGAGCUUAAACACCUCAUCUGCUGCUGACACUCGUCACCGGUAAUAUUAGUCGACGUGUUUUUGGUCUCGGUACUUUUCAUUUUAGGAUCAUGUCUGCUUUCUGGACAGUCUCUGCUGUGCUCCUCCUUUACUUCAUGCAGAAUAGCUGUGCUCGUCUGAUUUUGGCAAAACUUGGUGACUCGGUUGUGCUGCAUCCAGGUCAGACCUUUGAUUCCAUAUCUGCCAUAAUCUGGAAGCACAACAUGAACAUCAUCGUGGAGUCGUCUGGAACUAAUACAACGUAUUUUAGAAGUUUUAUUGGUCGCUGCAGCCUGGACAAAACAACUGGAAGUUUGAUCAUCAAAAGUCUGACAGUAAGGGACACCGGCCACUACAACGCUGAGAUCGACAGCAAGAUUCUUGACGUGAUAGAGCUCUGGGUUAUCAAACCGGUCCCAAAACCCACAGUGUUCUUGGAAUGCAACAAGGAGAAGACCCUCUGUGACCUCACCUGUAAAGCCAACAUCACUUCUCAUUUUGGACCCGUCAGGUACAGAUGGGAAGCAGGAAAAAAUGUGCUGUCCCGUAAAAUGAAGCUCAGUUUAACAAAGGAGAACAGGGAGCACUCCUACGUCUGCCUUUUGCUAAACCCCUUUAGCAACUCGUCCAGUGAUGAGGUGCCUAACCCCAUUAGACAUUACGUUUCAGGGUUUCAUCCUGCAGCAGUGGCUGUACCAAUUGCGCUUCUGCUCCUGACUUUGUUUGCCGUUGGUGGCUAUCUUAGGCACAGGAAAGAGACGAAACAAGCACAGACUGAUGAAGCAGAAGAAGCAGAGAGGACUGCUGUGACCCUGAGAGGCAAAAGGAAAAAUGGAAUGAGUUUGGAAGCUUUGGAAAGUGGACCGAAACCAUCUUCAGCACGGAGGUUCAGCUCUGCACGAGAUCUUUAUCUCCAAUCUGACGAUGAACGAUGGGUGCAGAACAAUCCGGAGCUCAGGAGGCUAAGCCGCGAGCUUCGGGAGUUCCGACUUCAAAGAGACAUCUAAAUUCAUCACAGACGUAUUGAAUCAAGCAAAGCAACGCUUGAGCUUUUUCUUUUGCCACCUCACCGCAAACUAAAUACUUUUAAUUGGGAUUUUGGAUGCAAAGUAUUUUAGAUCAAUUAUUCGUUACACCGCAAGUCAACUAUAUCUGCUCAUAAACUGUCUAAAUUGGUCCACAAUGGUGUUAUCUUUAUGUUUCUGUGCAAAUAGUUACAUUUUUGUGUUUAAUUCUGUAAUAUUAGGCCUAAAACCGUU